AUGGUUGAAAAAGAAACACAAUCUUUAAUUGAUCUUUAUAUACAUCAUCCAAUAACAUAUCUUUCAUUAUCGGAUUUAUAUACAUAUGAAAUUAUUAUAUUACUUAUCUAUGGUAUCAUAAUAAUAUUUUCUUUUUUUACAAAUUUUAUUGCAAUAAUUAUAUUUACAUUUGGUCGUCAUUCACGUUCUGAAUUAUCACCAUUUUUGUUUAAUUUAUCUGUAUUUAAUAUAAUAAUGACUGUUUAUUGUAUACCAUUUACAAUAACUUCACUUAUAUUUCAACGUUGGUUAUAUGCACGUGAAUUAUGCAUUGUACUUGAUGGUUUUAAAACAUUUUCUGUAUCAGGUGUAUUAUUAACAUUAAUAGGAAUAGCCGUUGAUCGUUAUUGUGCUGUUAAAUAUCCAUUAGCAAUUAAAAUCUAUUCCGUACAUAAAAGAAAUUUAACAGCAUUAUUAAUUAUAUGGAUAUUAAGUAUUACUUUAGCUCUAUUAUGGUUACCAGCAAGAUCAUUACCAAUGCAACAAAAACGUUUAUGGGUAAAUUCUCGUUCAUUAUUAAAAAUUUAUAUUGAUUCAAUUGAUAAUGAAACAGAUACAUCAAAAUCAGAUUAUUUAUUAAAAGAUCUACAUUAUCGACUUGUUGAUACAAUUCAAUGUGUACCAAAUAAAAAUAAACGACCAGUUGAAGUUCAACGAUCUAUAUUAAACUUUUUGCAAACAUAUUUUAUUCCUUUAUUUAUUCUUGCUUUUGUUUAUUUACGUAUAGCAGCUACGUUAUGGAGACGUUCUAAUCAUAGAAAUAAUGAUCUUAAUGGUACAAUAGCAAUAACAAAUAAUUUAUUUACUCAUGAAAGUAUACAAUUCAAAAAGAAAUUAAAACAAGGUAUAAAAACAUUACUUACUGUUGUUAUUUUAUAUGCUAUACUUUGGUUACCUAUGAAUGUAUUUCAAUUAUGUCUUAAUUUACUUUGUUAUCAAAGAGUGCAAUAUCAAAAUUUUUGUAGUCAUGGAACAUUACUUCAACUUCUUUAUAUAGCAUGUCAUUUUUUAACUGUAUCAAAUACAGCUAUCAAUCCUAUUAUUUAUGGUUUUGCUAAUAUUCGUUUUCGAAGUGAUAUUCGACAAAUAAGACAUUGUAUUUUUCAUUGUCAAGGACGAACAUCAUUUUAUUAUCGUACAAGAUUUGCACAAACACCUUCACAGGAACUUCAAAUUAGACGUCGAAGUUCUAAAAUGAAUCAAAAUUUAUCAGUUAAAAAAAAAAAUAAUAAUAAUAAUACGAUUUGUCAUACAAACUCAAAUCAACAUGCAAUGACAGAUGAUAUAGAAAAUAUAACUAUUCCACAAUCAAUGUCAAAAUUUACACAAUUUUGUCAAAAUAAAAUACCAUGGAAAAAUAUUCGAUAUUAUUGUUGUCAACCAAGAAAAGAUGUUCGUAUUUUUUGGUUUACUUAUAUUUUUAUAUUAAUUAUUUUAUUUAUAACAUUAAUGGUUGCAUUUUUAUUAAAAACAUCAGUAACUAUUAAUUAUUUGAGAUGGUAUAAUGAUAGUUGUACUAUUGAUUCAAUUACAACAUCUCCAAUUAUUGAAUGUGAUCGUUCAUUACGUCUUUAUUGUAGUAAAAUAACAGAACGAUGUGCUUGUUUGGAUAAUAUGUAUUGGAAUAGUUCAUUUUGUGAUUGUUCACAAGGAAUGUAUUAUAACGGUAUUUAUUGUCAAGAACGUCUUACAUAUGGUCAAUCAUGUAAUCCUCAAUCUGAUUUUUGUAUGGAAUAUUUAACAUGUUCAGCAAGUACAAAUACUUGUGAUUGUUCAUCAAAUGCAUAUUACAAUCAAACAACAUGUAAUACAAGACUAUCAUUUAAUGCAACUCAAUCAUGUACAUUAGCAAGUCAAUGUAUUAGUGGUCUUAUAUGCAGUUCUAAUAUAUGUACAUGUCCAACAUCACAAUCAUGGAAUGGUUAUGGUUGUUCAAAUUUAUCUACACAUGGUGAAUAUUGUUUAACAAAUCUUCAAUGUGAUAAUUCAGUUUAUUUAAUAUGUAAUAAUACAUAUUCAAGAUGUACAUGUAAUAUAAAUUUUUAUUGGGAUGGUGAAAUUUGUCGUUUACGUCUUAAUAAUGGUUCAUUAUGUAAUAAUACUCAACAAUGUUAUUCAAAUUUAAUAUGUAUUAAUAAUUAUUGUCAAUGUCCAUUAAUUUAUACUCAAUAUUGGUCAAGUCAAACAUUAACAUGUGAAUUAUGUUAUGGUAAAGAUCUUUUUCUUUUUGAUGGUAUUUGUUAUCAUAUUCCAGUACCAACAAAUUCAACAUUAUCAACAUAUUCAAUAUUAUCAUCAAAUUAUAUAUUAUCAACAAUUCAAUAUGAUUAUCAAUUAACUUAUAUAUUUAAUCAACAUAUACGUGUUUAUAAUUGGACACCUAUUUUUUUAUCAAUAAAAAAUCCAAUAAGAAAUUAUUUUCAAUGGACACCUGAUAAUACUUUAAUAAAACCAACAUAUUUAUGUAAUGAAACAAUUCAAUCAAAUUAUACUGGUUAUGUUGUUUCAUUUAAACUUGAAAUAAAUACUCCAUGUCUUCGUGCUUGGCCAAAUACAACGAUUGGACAAUUAGUUAAUCAACUUAAUACAUAUGUUUAUCAUACUGAAUAG